AACUCAAAGGACCCCGCGCCGAUAACCUUCCGAACAAUCAACGCCGCCCGGAGCACACACCUCGCAUAAUCCCCCCACCCCCGCUUACCUCCGCGAUGCGGACACCACCACUACCCUGGAGGACAUUCCGUGUCCUCUCAAGCACGCUCAGCCGGGCAUCAACCCGCCAUUCCCUCGCAACACAACCUCUCCCACCAUCAUCAGCGUCCCUCUUCUUCCGCACGAUGGCGUCAUCCGCCCCGCGCUCACCCGUUCUCAAGCAGCCCGUCAAGAUCGCGUGCGUGCAACUCGCCGCGGGCCCGGACAAGGCGGCCAACCUGGCCCACGCCGCCGUCAAGGUCCGCGAAGCCGCCGCGACGGGCGCCAAGAUUGUCGUCCUUCCGGAGUGCUUCAACUCCCCCUACGGAUGCGACCACUUCCCGACCUACGCCGAGCGCCUCCUCCCAUCCCCGCCCCCGCCCGAGCAGUCUCCAUCCUUCCACGCGCUCUCGGCCAUGGCACGCGACAACGGCAUCUACCUGAUUGGCGGCUCCAUCCCGGAGCUCGUCGUCACGACGGAGGACGGUUCCGGCGCCUCGGGCCAGGACACCAUCGAGGAGGAAGAGAAUAAGAAGAAGAAGAAGAAGAAGGAUGAGAAGACGUACUACAACACGUCGCUGACCUUCUCGCCGACGGGCGAGCUCCUGGCGACGUACCGCAAGAUGCACCUGUUCGACAUCUCGAUCCCGGGCAAGAUCACGUUCCGCGAGUCGGACGUGCUGUCGCCCGGCGACUCGCUCGCCCUCGUCGACCUGCCCGAGUACGGCCGCGUCGCCAUCGCCAUCUGCUACGACGUGCGCUUCCCCGAGCUCGCCAUGAUCGCCGCCCGCCGGGGCUGCUUCGCGCUCGUGUACCCGGGCGCCUUCAACCUCACGACGGGGCCCCUGCACUGGCAGCUGCUGGCCCGCGCCCGGGCCGUGGACAACCAGGUCUACGUGGCCAUGUGCAGCCCGGCCCGCGACAUGAGCGCCGGGUACCACGCGUGGGGCCACAGUCUGGUGGUGGAUCCGAUGGCGCAGGUGCUGGUAGAGGCCGGAGAAGGGGAGGAGGUGGUAGUGGCGGACCUGGACGGGGAGAAGAUUGAGGAGGCGAGGAAGGGGAUCCCGUUGAGGGAUCAGAGACGGUUUGAUGUCUAUGCAGACGUGAGUCGCGUAAAACCGUAGGAUGUGCGUGUGAGGUUACUGUAACACUUAUAAUAAUCCAUCAAUUCAAACGCGCGUGGUCAACUCUCGUGGAUCCCGAGUUCGUAUUGAGUG